UUGAGCUCCACCGACUACCCCUAAUCGGAAAAGAACCACACUUUUCGUCGUAUUUACGAUCUUCGUCAUCUCAAUUCCCAUCCCGCGUCCGCCUUCAUUUCUUACAUUACAUUUGGAUUUUGGACACAAGACACUGCCAAAUAAUCGCAAUCACGCUUUCCCCCCCUUUUUUCUCCUUGUAGAGCAGGAACAAGAGGGUUUGUGUGUCGGCGGUUCAUCUCGGCCGAGUCGACUCAAUAAUGCUGGAACGGUGUAUCGGUUAUCGCCGACUCCGUCAGAUCCAGAGGGCGUGCCGCCACGGCACCGUCACCUUCCUCUGCCUCUUCCUCACCGUCGUCGUCCUACGUGGCACCAUUGGCGCCGGCAAGUUCGGGACCCCCGAGCAAGACUUCAACGAGAUCCGUGACCAUUUGUACUCGCGUGGCCGGCGCGUUGAGCCGCAUCGCGUCCUCGAAGAAGCUCAACCCGAGAACUCUGGCUCUUCGCAAUCCAACAACUACGCGACCUUCGAUAUAUCGAAGAUUCUGAUCGAUGAGGGAGGCGAUGACGAGAAGCGUGAUCCAAAUACACCUUACAGUCUUGGCCCCAAGAUUUCAGAUUGGGACGAACAGCGUGCUGAGUGGUUGAAAAACAACCCAGAUUACCCGAAUUUUAUCGGACCCAAUAAGCCCAGGGUGCUUCUAGUAACUGGGUCUUCGCCCAAGCCCUGCGAAAAUCCGGUGGGGGAUCAUUAUCUGCUGAAGUCAAUUAAGAACAAGAUUGAUUACUGUAGGCUCCAUGGGAUUGAGAUUUUCUACAAUAUGGCUCUCCUCGAUGCAGAAAUGGCUGGAUUCUGGGCCAAGCUCCCAUUGAUUCGGAAGCUGUUGCUGUCUCAUCCGGAGAUUGAGUUUCUAUGGUGGAUGGACAGUGACGCAAUGUUCACUGAUAUGGCGUUCGAGGUUCCGUGGGACCGCUACAAGGAUCACAACUUUGUGAUGCACGGUUGGAAUGAAAUGGUGUACGAUGAGAAGAAUUGGAUCGGUCUGAACACUGGGAGUUUCCUGCUUAGGAAUUGUCAGUGGUCGCUUGACAUUCUUGAUACCUGGGCGCCCAUGGGUCCCAAGGGGAAAAUCAGAGACGAAGCUGGGAAGGUCCUCACUAGGGAGCUGAAGAAUCGGCCCGUCUUUGAAGCUGAUGACCAAUCUGCCAUGGUUUAUAUAUUAGCGAAGCAGAGGGACAAAUGGGGUGACAAGGUUUACCUUGAGAAUGCUUAUUAUUUGCACGGAUAUUGGGGUAUUUUGGUUGAUCGGUAUGAAGAAAUGAUUGAGAAUUACCAUCCAGGUCUUGGUGAUCACCGGUGGCCACUUGUGACUCACUUUGUGGGUUGCAAACCCUGUGGAAAAUUUGGGGAUUACCCGGUUGAGAGGUGCUUGAGACAGAUGGACCGAGCCUACAAUUUUGGUGACAACCAGAUUUUGCAAAUGUAUGGCUUUACCCACAAGUCACUUGGUAGUCGCAAGGUAAAGAGAGUGAGAAAUGAAACCAGCAAUCCGCUCGAUGUGAAGGAUGAGCUUGGAUUGCUGCAUCCAUCUUUCAAAGCCAUCAAGUCGCCCACUUCUUCGUGAUGGUUUCCGAAGAGAUAGUGAUCAGCUUCCCGAACAAAAUCACGCAUGAGUAAAUGUGAUUAGAGAAGCUUGUGAGGGGAGGCAUUGGAUCUGAAUCUGCGACCAUCAUCGUCACAUCAUACAAAGGGAUGAUAAGUCAUGUAAUCGUCAGAUAAUUCAGAACAGUUGUGAAGUGUAAGCUGAAACAACUUAAGGCAACAUGUGUUGCUAAUCAAAUUGUUUGACCUACAGCCUCAUUAUCUAGUUUAGUUGUUUCGUGUGCAAAUUGAACGGAACAUUAUUAGUAGUUGGUAUCUUUCCCAGUUAAAGCAAUGGACAGAGCAGGCUUUGGGUAA